GGCUGUGCGAAGUGUCUUCUUCGUACAAUUCUAACAGUAUCGCCGGAGUACCAGACGCUUUGCGCCAACAAGACGGCCAACUUACUGAAUUUGCUUUGUCCUCAGUGCCAGCUCACCCCCUUCGUCGGUUCUUUCGAUAACAGUCGGCUGACUUUGUUGACGGGCAGACACGCAAGGCGAAUCGCACUAGAUGGCACCGGUCCACUGACGUGGGAUUCCCCUUGUUGUUACAUGCGGACUAGUGGAAAGGCUAUGCGAUCCUUUCUUUGACUGACGAAUUGUCCAGGUCGCUUAAUGGAAUUUGUGGGGGACUUCAGUAUGAAUGCUAUUCGAAGACGGAUGAACGGAAGUCCUGAUGGCUAGGCUAUGACACUCCGGCAGCCUACUUGACCGCUCUUAAAUGUGCUUGCAAGUAGGUUGAAGGAAUCCCCGUCGUCCUUUCGCUGCAGUUUGGCUUGCCAUGGAUCCACAGUCGGCUCAAGCGGCGCAAGCUGAACUUGAUGCGGAGGUACAAACUCUGUUCUUUGCAAGAGUCAACCAGUAUUCUAUUGUUACCGCUCUCUGUCUAGUUCUGUACGACAUCUUCCUCACUACUCCCGACGAGGUUCGUCUCAUCUGGAAGACACCGCGAUCGAUCACCAAAUAUCUUUACUUCUUCAAUCGUUAUGCCACCCUAAUCGUUUUUAUCCCUCUCGUUUACGUUAUGUGUGGACUGAGCCCCACAUUGAGCGACGAGGUUAGAUGUCUGGUUUUCCAAGGGUUUAUGGUAGUUUUCGACAACGUGCAAGCGACGGGGGUGGUUGGAGCCUUGGUACUCUUGCGGGUCUACGCCCUCUACAAGAAUAUGCGAUACAUUGGCUACAUCAUCGUCGCCCUUUGGCUGGUGUACUUCAUUCCACCUUUCGUUACCACUUGUCACGCGCUCGCCACGUACUUCACAGUGCCCGGAACUCUCGUGUGGGUGCCAGUGGUGAAUAUGUGUGGACUAUCCGGCAAGCCGGACUACCUGUGGAUGGACUGGCCUUUCUUGAUUCUUGUAGAAAGUAUUGUCUGUACGAUGAUCACGUACAAGACAUGGGAGCAUACGCAGUCAGGCGUACGAACACCCUUGUUGAGCGCUCUACUCAGGGAUGGAUGGAUCUAUUAUGUUGCGAUGCUUUUGGGCGAAAUUGCCAACUUGAUUAACUUCUUGGUUGCCCCUGAUGCACUUUACUUCUUUGCUGUCUUCCCGUUUUGGGCAUUAAGCACUGUGUUGGCCUCAAGGAUCUACUUGAACCUUCGAAACGUGGCGACUCCGGUAGAAUGGGAAGCUGCAACAACACUCUGGAACACCGGUCCCUCAAAUCGCUCUACCAAGCCAACUCCGGGCCCAUCACGGCGCGCCGGGUCCGCAGGCAUGACAACGUCAUCGUUCAGCGGAAGCGAUGAUCUUGCAAUUGAACUCGGCAAGAUCAAGGACUGAUGCGGGGCGUAACGAGCAUGUGCAUUUAGUAUUACGUGUUACACAUUGAACAUUUGGGUGUGCGUUGUAUCAUUUCCUGUAGGAGCGAAGCUCCAUUCGUUCCUGCAACCUGAAUUAUUAAUAAUAAGGUGUAAUUUAUAUGUUUGCAU